AUGGCGUCCAGCAAGGGCGACUCCCACCAUCGAAAGCUCUGCGUGUUCAUGGCUGCCGUGGAUGAGAAUCCCAAGGAGUUCAGCGAGUUCAUCGAUCGGAAAAGGACGCUGACGGAGCUCCGCAUCGCUCAGCAGGAGAGCCCAGUCCUCUCCAGCGACAGCAGGCAUCCUGGGGUCAGGCGCCAGCAGCAAAAGCAGCGCCUCAACCGGGGAAAGUGGGGAAUGGUGGCGGAAGUCGUAAAGCACCCACGAACUCACGAACAGUGGCCAGAGCGCCAGACGAAGGCGGCCUUACGGCUGUCUGCCAGUGAUUCGCGUGUGAAGCCAUCUUCCAGUGUUCUCGAGAGGAACGGCACUUCCUUCAACUCUGCAGAGGCAGAGCUGUGUCGUUUCAUGGCACUGGAAGCCGGCCCAGAAGCCCUCGAGCAAAAGCAUCACAAGGAGAUGUCGCUUCCGGGGGUUCCACCACAAGACCGGGAGCGCCUGCGAAGUGAGCAAGCCUGGGCAAGCUACCAGGCUUUCUUGACGAUGCCUGGGGACAAGUGCACGCAGUGUUGGCUGAUGAGGAAGCACUGUUGUUGCAAGGGGCUGCCGCGGAUAGAAACCCGACUCCGAGUUUACGUCUUGAUGCACCGAUUGGAGAUCGGCCAAAGAAAGGCCUCGAACACUGCCAAGCUUCUCAAACACUUUGGUGCUGAGCUCUUGUGCUGGGGCGUGGAGGAGCACGACGCCAGGCUGCAGCAGCUGCUCGUGGACGACGAGGAAGGCACCGUGGUGCUCUUCCCAAGUCCAGAUGCUGUGGAGGCAGGCAGUUUGGCCGCGGCGCCGCGGCAAGUGAUUGUCCUGGACGGCGGAUGGCGCGAGUGUGUUCGGAUGAACAGCUGGAUCAGCAAGCAGAAACAUGACAGCGGCAGUGCACCUCGCCGAGCCUUUCGAGCCAUGGCGAAAGUUGCCAAAGGCCAAGUUUCGACAACUUCAUCGGUAGAGCUCGCUCAAGUGCAAAAGGCCAUAGCGGAUCUGGAGCGCAAGUUGCAGGAGGUCCAAAACAUUCACAGCAUUGUUGAAUUCGAUGCGAACGCGCUUUCAGCUCCGCGUGCCGUGCCCUCAGAACGCCGCGACCCACGCCUAACUCUGGCACCGGGUGGCGCGGCAGCACUUGCGGCGGAGGUGGCGGAGGAGUUGAAAGCGUGGCGGAAGCGGAGAGAGGACGCUUACUCUCAGAGACGCCGCGUACAUGAAAAGCGGCACAGGGACGCCGUACUUGCCAAGCAGCAGGAGGAAGAGGACAAACAGAUGGUGCGUGCGUUUCUGCGCGAUGCCAUCCUUGACACAGCCAAAACGGAAUUGGCAGGCACGCUGGCGGACUCCGAAGAAGCGCCGGCAAGGAAAGGGGGACCGGGACGACCGAGAGCUCCGGAGCUCGGAGACCAUGCCCACGUCUCUUCCGGUGCCACAGCCCUGGCCUCUCUGCGCAACCAUCUGGAGGGCGUGGUCGAACAAUUGGAGGCGAUGGAGGUGCCACUGCCGACAGAGAUGGUGCAUGCUGCUCAGUUCGCGAGCAGUGCGCUGCAGAGGAAACGCGAGCGCAUCAAGCCAGCGUUGUUGAAGCAGAGGUUUGCAGAGGCCACCAACACAGUCGACCAGCCGCUGCUGGAGGCGGCGGAGCAGGGCUUCGAGAAGCGCCGCGAAGCGCUGGAGGCCCAGGCCAUGCGUCUGAGGGAUGUGGUGGAUGUGUUGCGGAACUCCGUGGACCAGCGCCAAGGGGCCUUCCACGAACUCGAUGCUGUGAAUCGAGGUCCUGCCGCUGCCACGCAAGUUCCCAAGGCGUUCUGGAAAGCUUUGAACCCGGGACCUGAUCCUCGCUCAGAAGAGCUGAAGGAGGCCUCUGACGACUCCGAGGGCAGCACAACUCCGAGGCAUGCGUCGCUGGAAGACAGCAUGAAGGAGGAUGAACUUCGUCAACACUUGCGCAGGCAGGUGCUCGAUUGGGGCCAAGCAAGGAUCGAUGCGAUAAAAACACGCUUUCAGCAGUGCUAUUCCCAGGCAAAAAGUGGAUCCCAAGAGAGUUGGAUGGCAGAGAGCAGACUCGAAGCCUGGAAUCUCACCACGAAGCUGGACUUGUUGAAGGACCUCGAGUCUGAGGCACAACUUUGGCACCAACGCAAGCUGGCGGCCUUGAAGAAGCUGCUGCAGGAGUACGGAGGAAGCCGCGGUCAGACAGAGAACGGAGCCACCGCGGUGGCGGAAGUGUUCUUCACCUUGAAGACGGGGAUCAACAAGUCCCUCCAGGGCAUUGCUGCCGCGGAGGUCGCGGACCAUUCGUUGAAUCGCUUAGAGCACCUGAGCUCCUGGCACGAGCAUCGCCUGCAGCUCGUGCAGAGGCGGAGCGAUGUGGAACAAGGCUUCGCCGAAAGGCUGCUGGAGUCGGCGGGCGCUCGCUGUGUCGCGCAGCUGGGCGAAGCGGCCCAGGGCCUCGUGCAGCGAUGCCUCGAGGCGCUGCCGCUGCCAGCUCCCGCUGUGGAGCCUCAGGGUCCUAGUGACACGCUGCAACGCUGGGAGCAAGCAGAGAUGCCCGUUGCCGAUCGCUUCAAGGACAUCUCUGCGGCCCUGUCAGGUCUGCCAGCGACGGCAGAGACCUGCGCGCUUGAGCACGCCGUGCUGGCAGUUAUCCAUGCGGAGCUCCAGCGCAUAUGUGGGCAGGUGGAGAGUCGCCCGGAUGCCUCCGAAGCGGUACAGACCUUGCAAGAGGAGUUAGAGAAGCUGGAGUCCCAAGCCCAGGAGCGCGAAGAGGUGCUGAAGGCAAGCCGUGCUUCGCCGAUCGGGCAGUCUCUAGGCGGAAUGCUGAGAUCUUUGCUUGACAAAGUGCGUCCAAGAAUUCGUCGCUGCAUUGUGUGCCAAGAUCCAGUGCACUUAUGCAUGUGCUGCUGGAUGGUGAUGCAGGGGUACACUCUUCGUGUUUCGACGGGAUGA